UUGUAUUCCUAGGCGCUGCACUACGUAACCAUUCUCUCUCCGCCGCUUGCUAAACCCUUCUUCCCAAAUUCUUCUGUAAAACCCUCAUCGCCGGCGGUUGCUGGUUAUCUGACACGAGCUGUGGCGACGACGAUGGAGUUUUGUCAGACGGAUUCUGAAGCAAUUUUCUUACAGAUUCGACGGCAAGAGGAGCUUUUGAAAUAUAAAAGAAGAUGGCUGCUAGGGCUUCCUACAUCUACAUCUGGACAGAAGUGUUCCGAUCAUUCGGACUUUUUAAAUAAACGAAACUUGCCUGAAUUUUUGCUGAGGGAAGAUGAUGUUUUUUAUGAGACUGUCAAAACAAGAGUUGAAGAAGCUUUUGGAGCAUUGAAUGUUGAAACAAGGCAUGCUGGUAUUCAAGGUGAUCGAAUAUUUGAUACUUGCAAAAUUGGUAAACUCAUUUUGUCAUGUCUUGAUGAUCUGAGCACCAGGGGACUUUACCUUCUUGCUAUAAUACUUACACAAGACUCUGUCAAAUUGGAAAAAACUCGCUGGAAGCUGAAGAGGGUCGUUAGAGAAUUUAUUCCAAAUGUUCUGAGAAGGAAGAGUCAAGAUUGCCAUCAAUUGGAAGUUGUUAAAAAAUUGUCUCAACUUCUCAACGACCCAAACAAUUUUCGUAGAAGAUGCUCAGUAACUUUGACAUCAAGUUCACCAUCUUACCAUGAUGCUGCAUCACAGGUACUGUAUAGAUUAGGAGACCUACCCACUCAAGGUCUCUUAGCUAUGCGUCGAAAGCUUGAAGGAGUUCGAGUUAUGCCUCAGAUAAAACGUCACAGGCAUGGUUGGGGUCGUGAUCGUCUGAUUAAUAUUCUUACGGAAACUAGCAUGAAGAUGCUUUCAUCGCAUGGUGAAGGAGAUGAAUUGCAAGAAUCACUAGCAAAAGCCAUGGCGGUAGCUGAUUUAUCACUUAAACUAGUACCAGGUUGCCAUAAUUCAUCCACAAUUGAGUUUUAUCCGUUCCCACCUCAAAUAAAAACCUUGCAUAAUGAAAUAGUAAAAGCCAUAUGGUCUGUUAGAAAGAAGGGUAACUUUCAGAAGCUCAAACAGUUAAAGUCUUUGUUGGAUCCUGAUGCUAAAGUGUCCAAUAGGUGUCUAAGAACAGCUAUUAAGAAAAUGUUAAUUGACUAUCUUUUUGAGUGCAGUGAUAUGGACACCGUGCCAAAGUCGCUCUUGAAAGCUCUGGCUAUAAUAAAUGCAGAUUCUCGAAAUGCAUCAAAUUCAUUUUUCUCGCUUGAGGAAAUUGAAAAAGAGGUUGAGUGUGUGUUUAGUCUGAGUGCUCAGAUGAAACAAGUAGUUUGGGACUUACUACCUAACUGUGACUUUGAACAUGACUUUGCUGAUGCAUAUAUGGAAGAAUUGGAAGAAAGUGAUGAUGAUUUUGAUGAUAAUGACAACGAUAAUUGUGAUGGCUUGCCUCUAGACGACAAUGGGUCCCACUCUAGUAAUAUGAUUCACCAUGUUGAAGGUAUGGGGGAAUCAAUGCCAGCCAAUCUUGAACAUUCAUCAGUGGGGAAUGGCUUGUCCCCUAGUCAUGCAUUUACUGGGGAGUGCCCUUUAGAUUCUUCUUUUAAGUACUGCCCUUCAUUCAUGGAAUCCAAAUUUCAGAAAGAUACACAUCAUAGAGAUGACUCUCCUUCCUCCAAGUUUACACCAAAUAUUUUGUUGGAUAAGAGCAGUAGUGAUACUGCGACCACAGCCUGUUUAAGUUCUCUCAACAUGUCAUGUGCAAUGCCUCAGAUGGGGCCAAGCAAACCAAGCACAUUUAAGAAUCAGUACCUUGUGAUUCAAGAAGCUUGUGAUGAAACUAGCUUGAUUGCUUAUAAUGUCAUUGGCCGCUUGCUAGAAGAGUUUGCAAAGAGUGAAGGUGUAGAGUUAGAUUGGUGCGCUAAUUUAUAUCUAACUAGCGUCUCUUCAACUGAAGAAGAUCUUCCUGAGUCAGAAGAUGAACAAACUCAUAUUAAGGGGAAUGGAAAUUUUAUUCAAGUUUGUAAAGAGUUAAUACCUUCUCUGUCUAAGAGUGGAACAGAGAGACUGCAACAGAUGCUGGGAUUGUGAUUCUCAAAUGAUUUUGUUGGUCUGAGUUAGCGGUUGGUCCUUGGGCAGUCUGCAAUGAUCUUAUAUCAAACAAGCGAUGGUGGCGCAACCCUGGGUGAAAUGAAGCAGUUGAUGAUGGUGUGUUUGAGGAAGUCCAUUUGGAACAUUUUUGGCAAAACCACUGGCUUUCUGGUGCAGCAAGAGGGAAAGCAGAAAGGCUGGAUAAGAGGAGGACAGCCUUGUAGUUCGAGGUGCUGAACAACUUCUAGAAGAAUUAUUUCUUCGGUGCUUUGCUAUCUUGCUAUGAACUUAACCCCGAUCCGGGUUUUCUCCAGAUGCACGGUUUCGUUCCUGGGAUGGUAAGGUUAAGAAAAGAUGUAACUCAGAUGCAAUUAGGCUGAGGACAUUUUAUUGUGGUGUCAUUAGGCUGUGAUCUGAUUAACAUUCUCUUUCUACAUAGCCUGCAAUGGCCUUGGCAUCUGAUGGAUCUUGUUAAAGUAGUAAUGAUUCCGAGGUUCGGUGCUCUUUUUCUCUGCUCCACCACUCCUGAGCUUUGGAUUCACUGCCCCAUAUCUGACAUCGAUAUUCUGAUCCUGAUCAAGCUAGAUGCAAUCUGUCAACCAUGGGAUCGGUAAAGGUGGUAACACUAACCAGAUUCUUCGGAUUAUGUUGCUUAUUGUUUUCAAGUCCUCCUCCAAGCAUAUUCUAUUAAGCAUAAUGUUAAGAAUGCUUGUUGAAUUGGAAGGAAUAAGUUCGGUAGUAGAUUACGUAAUCUCGAUCUUCUUUAUCUAAUGAGUGGGAGUUUUCGAGGUUUAGGAUCGUAGGUAUUGUGUUUCAUUAAUUACUUGCAAUGAUGAUGUAUUUACCAAUAUUCCACAUCCCUUGAAAGGUAAUCUAUGGUUAAAAAGAGAAAGAGGGACUUGUAAUCUA